AUGACGUCACAGUAAAACCUGCUCUGGCUGGGUGUCUGACUGCCUGAGUUGGCCCUCAGAAAAGUCAACUGUUUGCCUUGCUACUUAUUGCUAACCUAACUUUCCUAACCAUUCGGUUCGCCUUUCUUGGAGUCUUCUUGUUUGACGACAGCAACCUUCGCGACGCGGCUCUGUGAACCCUUUUUGGGGAUGUUUUAGGCUGGGAGAAAAGUUCAUUGAGUGUUCUUGGAGGAACCGGUGUGUGGCGGCCAGUACCAAAGAUGGAUAAGCUAACCGAUAGCUGACUUGUUAGCCGAAAAGUCAAAGGUCAAGAAUAGGAGCGAGUGGGCAUGCUAACGGCGAGCUAGUUUAGCAUUUUAUCGGCUAACCGAGUGACUUUGUUAGCCCUUAACGGGCGACGUAAACUGGCCGCUGUUUGCUUCCUCGGGCCUGGUUGCGACACCGCGAAUAGUUUGUCAAAAGGAAGCUAAUCCAGGAAGAAGCCCUUGCCUUGAAAACGGGCUGUUAGAACAGGCCAGAGGAGUAUUGUCGAGAGGUUGUUGCUUUCGCCUCAGACGAACAGAAUGCUAUCCAACGCACAGAACCAGCCGCUCUUUCCCAACCCGACCGGGCAACAGAAUCCCGCCGGGCAGCAGCAGAACCCCGCAGGCCAGUUUCCCCCCUUCCUAAGCAGACCCACCUUACAAAUAAAGAAGAACGCCAUUACAGACGAUUAUAAGGUGACCAGUCAGGUGCUGGGGCUUGGUAUCAAUGGCAAGGUGCUCGAAAUCUUCCAGAAGAAGACCGGGGACAAAUAUGCACUAAAGGAAACCGGAGUACCCGGAGAAAACCCAUGCAGGCACGGGGAGAACAUGCAAACUCCACACAGGCGGGGCCAGGAUUUGAACCCCAGUCCUCAGAACUGUGAGGCAGAUGUGCUAACCAGUCAUUCACCGUGCCGCCUUACAUACAGGAAUUCAACACCUGCGAGUCGGUCUUUUAGGGUUGCGAUGAAGUUAUGCAUUGAGCAGCUGUUCAACUCCCAUUCCAGUACACAAUGCAGACAAAAAAAGAUGCUGCAAGAUUGCUCAAAAGCACGUAGAGAAGUGGAGCUCCACUGGAGGGCGUCGCCUUGUGCCAACAUUGUACGGAUUAUUGAGGUCUAUGAAAACCUGUAUCAAGGCAGGAAAUGCCUGCUAAUUGUCAUGGAGUGCAUGGAUGGAGGUGAACUCUUCAGUCGAAUCCAGGACAGAGGCGACCAGGCCUUCACAGAGAGAGAGGCAUCUGACAUAAUGAAAAGCAUAGGAGAGGCUAUCCAGUACCUGCAUGCUGUUAACAUUGCACACCGAGAUGUUAAGCCAGAGAAUUUACUGUACUCAACCAAGAGGCCCAGCGCUUUGCUCAAACUCACAGACUUUGGCUUUGCCAAGGAAACCACCUCUCACAACUCUCUUGCUACUCCCUGCUACACACCUUACUAUGUUGCUCCAGAGGUUCUGGGCCCAGAGAAAUAUGACAAGUCUUGUGACAUGUGGUCUUUGGGUGUCAUUAUGUAUAUUCUGUUGUGUGGUUACCCCCCUUUUUAUUCUAACCACGGUCUAGCCAUUUCUCCCGGGAUGAAGAAGAGGAUUAGGAUGGGACAGUAUGAGUUUCCUAAUCCCGAGUGGUCUGAUGUAUCAGAAGAAGCUAAACAACUGAUUAGGACCCUCCUUAAGACAGAGCCCACCCAAAGGAUGACGAUCACGGAGUUUAUGAAUCACCCCUGGAUUAAUCAAUCGAUGGAGGUUCCUCAGACGCCACUGCACACUAGCCGGGUGUUAAAGGAAGAGAAGGACGCGUGGGAGGAUGUCAAGGAGGAAAUGACCAGUGCCUUGGCAACCAUGAGGGUUGACUAUGAGCAAAUAAAGAUAAAGACCAUUGAGGACUCAACCAAUCCACUUCUAACGAAGAGGAGGAAGAAAGCCAGUAAUGCCAUGGCGGACACUCAGUCUGCUGCCCACUGAAUAAUGCACACACAGAUUGUAAAAAGGAAGCAAUAAGUUGUCGACGUGAGUCGCACUGCAUGGAUUUUUUUCGUAUUUUAAUUUCCAUAUCAAGUCUGUUUUGGAGAGUGCUGUUUUUUUGUUUUAAGCAUUUUAAUUGACCCCCUUUCACUUUUGCAGAGAGGUUCUUGAUCUGUGGUUUUACAUCAGGGAAGAGAUUAUGAAUAAGAAAAGGUGAGGAGAAGCACUCUGGUAUUCCUCUCCUCCCUCAAACAUCAGGUUUUGUGCUCAGAACUCAAUACGUGAAGCCACACUGUGUUAGUACUGUCCAGCCCAAAAUAUUAAAUGUUAAAUGAAAUAGCUAAAUCCCAAAAAACAAGGCAAGGCAGGAUUUCCUUUACUUAUACACAAUGUAAGGAGAUGUCUUUUGAACUGACAAGUGGAUUGUAAGGAUUAUCCUGACUGGAAUGGCCAGGAGUUCUUUGUCUUUGUUAAUGUUCUCUCUCACCAGGGCCAUUCUGUGCCAUUGUGACCUGUAGCCUCCCCCAACCCUCUUCUUUCACCUGCCUUAAGACAUCCUUUUUACAGGUCCAGUCUCCGGGCAGAGAAGGUAGCGCCACCUGCACGUAGCUUACAAAGAAAAAAAAAAAGAGAGUAUUUUUUCACAGAUUUUUACAGACAUUUUAAGCACAUGCCUUAUUGACUUUUUGUUUGUGGCAUUUAGCAACGUUAUGUUCAGUUGCCAGAUUUCAGGUUAAUGCUAUGCAGAUGGUGUGUCAGCUUAAAGCACUGCUUGGACCUUUUGUCGUUGGUGUUGGGUUUUGUUUGCUUAGUGUAUUUGAGAAGUGGGGACUGUGUAUGUUCCUGUAGCAAGGAGAACCCUCUUGUGGAAGCUUUUUGUGAGGAACGGUGGGACACGUGGUUACUAGCUACUGUUUAAUUUCAUUUGACAACAACUGCACCUAAAAACUUCCUGCCAAAAAGUACGAAAGAGCGUCUCCUCUUCAGAGAGCGCCAUGUGACGCACCACCACCAAGCUAUCGUCACAAUCACAAGAUAUAAUUGAUGGUUCUUCUUCAGUGUUCUCUCCAUUCAGGACCCUGCCCAGCUCAGUUGGGAUCAUGGGGAAAUAUUGCAUCUAGUUCCUUGUUGAAAGUACACCAACAGUCUGUGGCACCAACAAAUAUAGCUCUGUAAAAAUGUUUGUUGAAAAAAAAUUUCCUUUUACUAAAUUUUUUUUUUUUUGUCUCCUGCACAUUUUAGUAGCAGACGGUCUCUUUUUUCUGUUCAGUAAGCUGCAACUGUCAUACUUUUGUCUGCUUGCUUUCAAUUAAAAAACACAUAAACCAG